CCUGUGGCAGGAGAGUCCGCAGCGCGCAGGAUCAGGAAGCACCGACCAUGGCGACCCCAUGGGACACCUCCUCGAGCACCCUUUGGGGCACUCUGAGCCAGGCCUCCAGCGUGGCGCAGCUGGUGGGGGUGGACGCGCUCGGGCUGGCCUCCAUGGUGGUGCAGGCCGCCCUGGCGGCGCGCCGCCACCGGGACGCCUGCGUGCGGCUGGCGCAGCACGUGGAGCUCAUCGGCGGCCUGCUCGGUGAGCUGGAGCUGGCAGAGCUGAUGCGGCGGGAGGCCACCAGGCGGCCGCUGGAGCAGCUCGGCGCCGUGCUGCGGCGGUGCUAUGCGCUCGUCAGUGCGUGCCAGGACUGCGGCUACCUCCGCCGCCUGCUCCUGGGCGCGCGGAUGGCCGACGAGCUCCGCGCUGCGCAGCACGAGAUCGACAUGUUCAUCCGCCUUAUCCCGCUCAUCGCCCUUGUGGACAAUUCUACAGAUAAUCGCCGUGUCAAGACUGGCGAAAGGGUGGCCGACGUAAUCACACAUAGUUCAAAUCGUCACAUCAGGUUUUCAACAAGAGCUUUGGAGUUCACUGAAGCACGCGUGCAGCGAGGUACUGAACUUUGCAAUGUUGGAGAUCAACCAUUUGCCGGAAUAGCAGACCUUCAAGAACAGAAAGUCUUUGACAUUGAAGAACUUGUGGAGCUUUGCACUAGUAUAGAAGAGGCUUGCGUGGGAUUCUCAAAGUUUAGUUUCUUUCAGAUCGUGGAUGCUACAGAUAAUUUCUCAGAGAAGGCAAUAAUUGGGUGUGGUGGAUUUGGUACAGUUUACAAGGGUCAGUUACCUGAUGGAGUUAUGGUUGCGAUUAAACGGCUUGAUGAGCAUGCAACAGUAUUUGAUUUCAAAAGUGAAUUGCAGCUUGCAAAGCUUCAGCAUACCAAUCUGGUUAGGUUAUUAGGGUGGUGCAUUCAUGGGAAAGAAAGUAUUUUAGUCUAUACACUCAUCCAAAAUGGUUCUCUGGACCGUUACAUAUCUGAUAUAACAAAAAGGCCAUUGCUAGACUGGUCUAAGCGACUCAAGAUAAUUACAGGGUUAACAGAGGGCCUUGUUUACCUUCACAAAGGCUCCAUGUUCUGGAUCGUUCAUAGAGACUUGAAACCACAUAAUAUCCUCUUGGAUUGCAACAUGAACCCAAAGAUUACUGAUUUUGGAUCAGCUACAGUACUGAAUUCAUACGCAGCAGAAGAACAUACAAGCAGGGUCGUGGGCACUUGUGGUUACAAAGCUCCAGAGUAUGCAUCUAGAGGAGUUUACUCAAUGAAGACAGAUGUGUUCAGCUUCGGCGUCUUGGUUCUGGUGAUCAUUAGCGGACGUAAGAAUACCAUACUCGACAAGCGAGGUGAUACUGUUGGUGAUCUUGUACGAGAUGCAUGGCAUAUGUGGAAGGAACAAAGGUUGCAUGAGCUUGUGGACCGGACGUUAGGGAACAGAUAUGACAUGGCUGAGAUAACGCGAUGCGGGCAGGUGGCACUGCUUUGUACUCAGGAAGAUCCAUCAGAUCGGCCCACCAUGACAGAUGUUGCUACAAUGCUGAACUCUGAAAGCAUGAGCUUGCCAAUGGAGCCUAAGAUGCCUACCGCACUGAGUAAAGGGAGUCCUGGUGAAGACGCGGUAUCAACAUAUACGGGCCAAGAAAGCAGAACAAUAGACAUAACCAUAACGAGUUCGGCUCCCAUGUCGACUAGAGUUCAAAUCAUUCUAGACCCAGAGGUUUGAUAUGAUGAUGAACAUUCAUUACCAUAUAUUAUGUAAUGAAAAUGUAAGGAUCAUGGCCAUUUUACAGCUGAGAU